CUUUUACGGUUCUGCCAGCCACAAGAUGGCCGCCUAGUUAACGUAGUUGUGACGCGCCUCUCGGCGCUGGGAGUCAUUCUGCUGUUUCCUGUCCCUCACUGAGCUGGGAAGGAAGAGGAAGCGAGGCGCAUAGUGACAGAGGGGGAGGACACAGAUGCCAUGGACAGGUAACAGAGACUUGGGCUUAGUAACAAAGAAAGGGUGUCAGCAGAAUGACAGAGUGUUUCCUGCCCCCAGCCAGUAGCCCAAGUGAACAUCGCCGGGCUGAGCAUGGUGGGAGUUUGGCCAGAACCCCCAGUUCAGAGGAGAUCAGUCCCACCAAGUUCCCCGGCCUGUACCGCACUGGUGAACCCUCGCCUCCUCAUGACAUCCUUCAUGAGCCCCCAGACAUUGUGUCUGAAGACGAGAAAGACCAUGGCAAGAAGAAAGGAAAGUUCAAGAAAAAAGAAAAGAGGACGGAGGGGUACGCUGCCUUUCAAGAGGACAGUUCUGGGGAUGAAGCUGAAAGCCCAUCCAAAAUUAAGAGGUCUAAGGGAAUCCAUGUCUUCAAGAAGCCCAGUUUUUCGAAGAAGAAAGAGAAAGAUUUCAAAAUAAAGGAGAAACCAAAAGAAGACAAGCACAAGGAAGAGAAGCACAAAGAAAAGAAGUCCAAGGACCUGACUGCUGCCGAUGUAGUCAAACAGUGGAAGGAGAAGAAGAAAAAAAAGAAGCCAACUCCAGAGCCCGAGUCCCUCCCAGUGGAUAUCCCCAGGCUGAGGCCUGUGUUUGGCAUUCCUCUGGUUGAAGCAGCAGAGCACACCAUGAUGUAUGAUGGGAUAAGGUUACCAGCAGUAUUUCGGGAGUGCAUUGACUACAUUGAGCAGCAUGGCAUGAAAUGUGAAGGCAUCUACAGAGUGUCUGGAAUAAAGUCAAAGGUGGAUGAGCUAAAAGCAGCUUAUGACCGAGAGGAGUCUCCAAACCUGGAGGAUUAUGAGCCAUACACAGUGGCAAGUUUAUUGAAGCAAUACCUGCGGGAGCUACCGGAAAAUGUGCUCACCAAAGAUCUAAUGCCAAGGUUUGAGGAGGCGUGUGGCAAGAGUACAGAAGGGGAGAGGCUGCAGGAGUGUCAGCGCUUAUUGAAGGAACUGCCCGAAUGUAACUUCUGCCUGACUUCAUGGCUAAUAGUGCACAUGGACCAUGUUAUAGAGAAGGAACUUGAAACAAAAAUGAACAUACAGAACAUUUCUAUAGUGCUCAGCCCUACUGUUCAGAUUAGUAACCGUGUCCUGUAUGUGUUUUUUACACACGUCCAAGAGCUCUUUGGAGGAGUUCAGAUAAAGCGAGUGAUUAAGCCUUUGCGCUGGUCUAACAUGGCUACCAUGCCGGCAUUGCCUGAAACACAGGAAACCAUCAAGGAAGAAAUUCGGCGGCAGGAGUUUCUUCUAAACUGUUUACAUCGGGAACUUCAGGCUGGAAUAAAGGACCUGUCCAAAGAAGAGCGGCUGUGGGAGGUGCAGAGGAUUCUGACUGCUCUGAAAAGGAAGCUCAGAGAGGCAAAAAGACAGGACUGUGAAACAAAGAUUGCACAGGAAAUUGCCAGCCUGUCCAAAGAGGAUGUUUCAAAAGAAGAAAUGACAGAAAAUGAAGAAGAAGUUCUCAAUAUACUACUUGCACAGGAGAAUGAGAUUCUAACUGAGCAGGAAGAACUUGUGGCAAUGGAGCAGUAUCUUCGCAGACAAAUUGGUACAGAAAAAGAAGAAAUAGAGCGGCUCAGGGCCGAAAUUUCUGAAAUUCAGAGCCGCCAACAACACGGUCGAAGUGAGACAGAAGAGUAUUCCUCAGAGAGUGAGAGUGAAAGUGAGGAUGAAGAUGAACUACAGUACAUUUUAGAAGAUCUGCAGAGGCAGAAUGAAGAGCUGGAGAUCAAGAAUACCCAUUUAAACCAAGCAAUUCAUGAAGAAAGAGAGGCCAUCAUUGAGUUGCGGGUGCAGCUCCGGUUGUUACAGAUGCAGCGUGUGAAAUCCGAGCAGCUGCCGGAGGAAGAAGAACUUGUCCGAUCCCAGCUGUCGAGAGACAACCUCCCCGAAACAAAAGCCCCAAAAGAUCAGCCAAAAGCAUUGAAGGAGCAGAUGAGACCAUCGCCAAUUAAAGACUGGAAAGAAACUCUCAUCUGAGGCUAAACCCCCCCCCCAACAUAAAGACAUUUCUCUUACUAACCCAUUAAUGUGCUUUGCAACACUUGUGCCCUUAUUUGUGGGGAGGCUUUUUCAUACACACAAUGUCCUCCCCCUCUGCCUGGGCUUAGGUUCCUACUAAACUAAACACAGUCAAUACAAAGGUUAUAGGGCAGCGGUGGGAAUUAAAAGGGAGCGUCUUUCCUUAAGGAGAACUUGUAUCUAGUGUAUCUAUACUCACUGGCCGUGUGGUUAUGAAAAUAAAAUGGCUUUGUUUUUACUA